CAGCCAGUCGGCCAAAGGCGGCGCCGCCUAAGGGACGCAUCGUCCGAGAAGUUUUUUUAUAUAUUCGAGACAGUUAACUUAGUGGUAUCAUACAAACAAAUGACUGUGAAAGAUGUAUGCCCGUAAAAGCAAGACUAAUUCAAACAUAGCAUGGCAUCGUCCGCAGUCUGCGACGUCCCGCGUCGAGGAGGAGUUGAUGCAGAAGAGCGCACGAGCGCUCAACACGACCACUGACCCUCUGGAGCGACUGCGUCUGCUGUGCCUCUCACGCGGCGCGUCGGGAAUUAUGGGGUUGGGCAGGAUUUUCCGAAGAAUGGAUGACGACGGAAGCAAACAACUUAACAAGGAAGAGUUUUUCACGGGCAUCAAAGACACUGGACUGGAUAUUAGUGACGAGGAUGCAGAGAAAUUGUUCGCUCAGUUCGACACAGACAACAGCGGUUCUAUUAGUGUCGAUGAAUUCAUCAGACAGAUUCGUCCUCCGAUGUCUGAAGGCCGCCGUGCUAUAGUCGAGCGGGCGUUCAAGAAACUCGAUAAAACUGGAGAUGGGAUCAUAGCCAUAGACGAUCUCCGUGGAGUUUACGCGGUCUCUGCAAACCCGAGGUACAAGAGCGGUGAAGAGACCGAAGAACUGAUCAUGAACAAAUUCCUAGCUAACUUUGAGAACGAGGGCACCGUUGAUGGCAAGGUAACGCUUGAGGAGUUCAUGAACUACUACAGCGGCAUCAGCGUGUCCAUCGACAACGACUGCUUCUUCGAUCUCAUGAUGCGGCAGGCCUACAAGCUCUAAAGAUCGAGCCAGCAAAUUGGACCUGGAAUACCAUGGACUUAACGUCGCUCAGACAAAACUGUGAUUUCAUUAUGUCGAUUUUACUCGUAUUUACGCGCACACACACACAUUUACAACUCGGUCCUUAGCUCAAACCCAUAAGAGAGUAUGUGUGCGUGUAAAAUCGGCGUGUCACGAAGUCACAACUCCGUUUCAGCGACGUAGUGUUCUUGCAUUUUUCGUCCAUGGCCAGAAGUCUUUGUUUUCCAAAUGUUUCAUACCAUUUGGACAAUCAGGACAGCACAUACACGCACAUUUUAAGGGUUUUGUCGAAACGCUGGAUGUCAAGCACUCGGUCACUAUGAUUUUUCAAUAUUAUUAAUGGUAAAGAUUUAUUUAUUUAACAAAUUAACUAUGUUUGAAACAUGCUGUGUUUCCUAUUAAUUAAAUAUUUUUAAUGUAA